AUGUGUUGCAAGAGCAGUGAUAAUGCUUUCUGGCAAGGCAUUAAACGGGAAUUCGAUUGUCUUCGUAAAGUGGCAAGAUCGCAGCGUGCUAAUUCGAUUCGAGUUCCUCGAUUGCUUGGUCUGGUCACAUUGGCAGAGACAGGGAUGAUUAUUAGCAUUUUGGAAGAAUAUAUUCCUUCGGUAGUAUUGUCUGAUUUAUCGGAGCUGGGAGAUGAGGGUAUAGAGGCUUCAACGGAAAGGAAAAAGAAGUGGGGAGCUCAGGUUCGGGAGACGGUUGAUUUACUUUAUGAUAUUGGAGUCAUAUGGGGAGAUGGAAAGCCGCAUAAUGUGCUUAUUCAUAAGGAAACCGAUAAUGCUUAG